AUGACAUUAUUACUGCUUAUUGUCCAGCUGGUAGUUCUAGUCAACGGAUUACAAAGCGAUCAAUUUGAGUUCAAUAACAUAGACGAUGUAAUAAAGCCAGAAAGUAGCUUUAACGUCGAACAAAACUCUCAAUCAACAGACGUAAUCAUCAAACUUCAACCAGAUGGCACUGAAGAAGAUAUCCAAGAUAUGCUUUCUAGAUAUCCUAAGUUUAAACUGUCAAACCAGUUUAAAUUGUUCGGUGAGACGUUCUACAAGUUGUCAUUGGACAAGUCCAAGAUUCCAAGUCAGUUAGAAGAUGGUACAGUAGGAAUGAUGGAGGAUGACAAUGAUGUACUGCGCAUGAAAAAUGAAAAGAAGGUCGAGUUUCUUGAGAUAGACAAGAAAGAACUUAUUAUGCUUUAUGCUGACACACCAGAUCCAGACCCUGAGAUGACUGACAUGUGGCAUUUAAGCGGUGUGAUGAAAUACCCACAUCACAUCGAAGAAGCUUGGGCCUUAGGUUACACAGGUAAAGGUAUCACAAUUGGUGUAGUAGAUUCGUUAAUACAAACAGACCAUAUCGAUCUGACAAAUAUAGAUGCAUCAAGUUCAUAUGAUUAUUACAACGAUGACAACGACCCGAACCCAACAGAUUCAACCAUGAUUCACGGAACAGCGAUUUCUGGUGUUAUAGGUGCAACAAAGGGGAAUGACUAUUGUGCUGUAGGUGUUGCAUAUAAUGCAACACUAGUAGCUAUUGGAUUACUAGGCGCGAUUGGAUCAAAUUUUUUAACAGAUUCGCAACAAGCCAUGGCAAUAUCUCAUAUGUCCGAUACAAUUGCUGUUUACUGUAAUAGCUAUGGUCCAACUGGAUCGUUUGGUUCCUCCACACUAGGACCAUUACUCAUGGCAGCAUUUGAAAAUAACGCAAAAUAUGGAAGACAAGGGAAAGGUAACAUAUAUGUUUUUGCAGCCGGAAAUGGGGGAUCGAUUGCAACACCGAAUACAAAGUCCCAUCAUACAACUAUCUAUACUAUCGCUAUACAAAGCGUUGGUUACGACUCUGUUGUUCGGUAUGGAGAAAUAGGAUCCUCGAUAUUGGCCAGUGCUUAUGGAGGAAGCGCUUUUGACAGAUCAUUCACGUCAACUUCUACCAAUUCUGGUUGUAUAAGUGGAUUACGAGGCACCUCUCUUUCCGCUCCACUUGCAGUAGGAAUCAUCGCACUUACAUUAGAGGCAAACAACGACCUUACGUGGAGAGAUGUUCAGCAUUUAAUAGUAAGGACUUCCAAACCAUACGGGUUCAGGGAUCGCUUUGAUAUUGAGAACAAAUGGCAACGUAAUGGAGCAGGCUUUAGAGGUUGGUAG